UCCGCGCCCCGCUCCGUUCGAUUCGAUUCGAUUUCCGCCCAAAAUUUCCCAAAUUCCCCUCCGAUUCGCCGAAAGCCCAACCGCCUCUCUCUCUCUCUCUCUCUCUCUCUCUCUCUCCAUUCUCUCUCGCCGCCGCGCCGCGCCGCGCCGCUCGCCGACCGGAUCCCAUCCAUGGCGUCCCCCUCCCUCGCCGCCGCCGCGGCCUCCCCGCUGACGUCCCUCGACCUUGCCACCAGCCCCGCCACCGCCUCCCGCCCCGCCGCCGCCGCCGCGUCCGCGCUCCGCAAGCGCCCGGUCCUCCUGCUCGACCAGCGCCACCACCCCUCCACCCCGAAUCUCGACUCCUCCGCCGCCGCGGCUGCGGCUGCGGCGGCGGCGGGGGUGGCGCAGGCGCAGCCGCCGCCCCCGCGACGCAAGAAGGCGGGACACACGUCGUCGUCGACGCGGCCGAGGUGGCAGACCGCGCUCAGCGUCGCCGCCAAGAACGCGGUGCUCCUCGCCGUGCUGCUCUACGUCGGCGACCUCGCCUGGCGCGCGGCGCGCCCGGCCCCGCCGCGGCCGGUCGACCAGGCCGCGAUGGCCGGUUACGACGCCCGCGUCGCGGACGUCGAGGCGUCCCUCGCCCGCGCCUUCCGGAUGCUGCAGGUGCAGCUCGAGGCCGUCGACCGCAAGAUCGACGGCGAGGUCGGCGCCGUCCGCGGGGAGCUCGCCGCGCUGCUGGAGGAGAAGAGGCUGGAGCUCGAGGGCCAGCUCAAGCGCCUCGACGCCAGGGCCGACGACCUGAGCGACGCGCUCGGCGCGCUCAAGCGGAUGGAGUUCCUCAGGAAGGACGAGUUCGACAAGUUCUGGAACGAGGUGAAAGAGAGCCUGGGUUCGGGCCCCGGCACCGAGGUUGACCUCGAUCAAGUUCGUGCAUUGGCCAGAGAGAUCACCAUGGGGGAGAUUGAGAAGCACGCGGCUGAUGGGAUUGGUAGGGUAGACUACGCUGUGGCAUCGGCUGGGGGGAAAGUCGUCCGCCAUUCGGAUGCUUAUGAUGCUGGGAAACGUGGUGGUUUCUUUUCUUCAUUGCUUAGUGGAGAUACUGCUGCUAGCCCAAAAAAGAUCCUUCAGCCAAGCUUUGGAGAGCCCGGGCAGUGCUUUCCACUGCAGGGGAGCAGCGGGUUUGUGGAGAUCAAGCUGCGGAAGGGGAUUGUCCCUGAUGCAAUUACACUUGAACAUGUUUCAAAGGAUGUAGCAUAUGAUAUGUCGACUGCGCCAAAGGACUGCCGGGUUUCUGGGUGGUAUCAAGAGGCACAUAAUGAGGCGUAUUCAGGUCAUGCUGCAAGCGCAAAGAUGUAUGUCUUGACUGAAUUCACAUAUGAUCUAGACAAGAAGAAUGUCCAGACAUUCGACAUUACAGCACCAGAUGUUGGUAUCAUCAACAUGGUCCGACUGGACUUCACUUCAAACCAUGGAAGCUCCGCGCUAACCUGCAUUUACCGCAUCCGGGUCCAUGGUCAUGAGCCGGUCUCACCAGGAAUGUCAGUUUCUCAGUCCUGAGAUGGGAAAUGCUUUUGUUUCUGUCUCUUGUAAGUGUUUUGGUUUAGGGAUCUCCUUGUGCCCUUGCUAGUUUUCAGCGUAGGAUGUUAUCAUGUACACUCUGUAAAGGUAAUGAUUGUUUUGCUGCAAUCGUCUAGCCCAAUGACAUCUUUUAGAUACUAAGAGUUAGACAUUAUGUUUGUUCCAUCAAUGGAUGGCAAUUGUGGUUAGUAAGAUUUAUUUGCGUAUCUGUUGAUGGUUGUUUGGGCUUGAUCAUUUUGAAGGUAAAACAACCAAAGAUUUCUUGCAAUUCUACCUGGAAUUCUUGUCCA